UCAUCGUUCAGUCUUUGUUCAGUGGUCGUUUGAACAAAUUAAAAGAAAUGAGUUUCAGUGGAAAAGUAGUUCUUAUAACCGGUGCAAGUUCAGGAAUCGGUGCGGAUGCAGCUCGUCAUUUGGCAAGCAAAGGUGCAAGUGUAUCAAUCGUUGGCAGAAAUGAGAAGCGAUUAAAUGCAGUCGCUGAAGAAAUUAUCAAAGCUGGUCAUCCAACGCCACUUGCGAUCGUAGCCGAUGUGACCAAAGAUGUUGAACGGAUUGUUGACGAAACAAUAAAGAAAUUUGGGAAAUUGGACGUUUUGGUGAAUAAUGCCGGAAUAGUUGCACAAGAUAAUGUUGUUGACAUUGAAUUAUCUGGAUUUGAUCGAAUUUUCAAUACAAAUCUAAAAAGUGUCAUAAUGUUGUCAAAAUUGUGCGUCCCACAUCUUGAAAAGACAAGAGGAAAUAUCGUCAAUGUGUCAAGUGUUGCGGGUCUGAAAUGUAUCCAGAAUGUUUUAUCUUACAGCAUGUCAAAGGCAGCUUUGGAUCAGUUCACCAAGUGUUCCGCCCUUGAUCUUGCACCAAAACAUAUCCGUGUCAAUUCGAUCAACCCGGCCGCUAUCGAGACGCCCAUAUUUCAAGUAGGAGAUUUGUCCAAGGAACUAAUCGAUCGAGUGCGUGAUGAUUGCAUAUCAAAAUAUCCAGUAAAACGAAUUGGCGAUGUAUCGGACACCAGUUCGGCAAUCGCUUAUCUUGCUGAUGAAAAUGCCGCUUCAUUUUUAACAGGCAUUUUACUAACAAUUGAUGGUGGAUACAUGCUAGUGUAAUCAACACGAACGUAAAGUACGAACUUAAGGCAAACAUUAUAUAAUAUAGCCGACACCCACUUAAUUCCAAUUUUUGCGUUCAAAAAUUGACGAUGGAUAAUAUAAUAAAUGACACCUAGCACCAUA